UUUAGCAAGCAAUGGCAUUCUCUCUCCUCUCUUGUUUUCAACCAAGGUCAUGGUUUGUAGGCGACAGAAGAAGUAUGUUCAAUGUCUCAUCCACGCCAUGUGCUCAGGUGGGGUUUUCCACAAAGACCAUCGAGCGCAAGGAAUCAAGGAUAGGAAGGCAACCAAUCGUUGUACCGUCAAAUGUAACCAUUUCAUUACAAGGUCAACACUUGAAAGUCAAAGGUCCUUUGGGAGAACUCGCUUUAACUUACCCACCAGAAGUUAAGCUUACAGAAGAAGACCACGGUUUCUUGAGGGUCAGGGAAACCGUGGAAACAAGAAGAGCCAAAGAAAUGCACGGCCUUUUCAGGACACUUACUGAUAACAUGGUUGUGGGGGUAUCAAAGGGAUUUGAGAAGACGCUUGAGCUCAAAGGUGUUGGUUAUCGUGCGACGGUCCAAGGAAAAGAAUUGGUGUUGAAUCUUGGGUUUUCUCACCCGGUUAAGAUUGAGAUACCAGAUAGUCUCAAAGUGAAAGUGGAUAAGAAGAUUAAAAUUUUCGAUAAAGAAGAAGUUAAGAUAACAAUUGUCAUAGUGAGUGGAUAUGAUAAGUGUGAGAUUGGGCAGUUUGCUGCUACGGUAAAGAAGUGGAGGCCAGCAGAGCCGUACAAGGCUAAUGGAGUGUGCUAUGCUGAUGAGAUUGUUCAUAGGAAGAAAGGAAAAGAUCGAAAAAUUAAGUGAAAUUUUCAUAUUGUUAUCUACGCCCUUCUAUAUAUGUUUGUCUCUUUAUUUCAAGGUUGAUUUGGUAUCUG